AUGAAAGAAUCAUUGGGAAAACUUGCAGGAAUAAACCUAGAAAAUGAGGUAAAAUAUCAAGUUCCAUUCGUGAAUUCUACUUUACUCCCGCUGCUUCUUUUAUCACUCACAUCUCAGAAGCAUUCGCCUGAAACAAAAACCAAGUUUGAUGAAGAAUAUGACUACAUCGUAGUUGGUGGUGGAGUCGCCGGAUCAGUUGUUGCCAGUCGCUUGUCGGAAGUUCUGGAUGUGACAGUCCUGCUUCUGGAAGCCGGCGGAGUGCCUCCACUCCUAACUGAUAUACCAGGAGCUUCAAAGACUUUCAUUUCUUCUGGUUUGGGAUGGGGCUAUCGUACGGUACCACAGAAAUACAUUGGAGGAAAUGUUAAACAUAGGACUCUACCAAUUGCUAGUGGAAAAGUUCUUGGUGGAGGAAGUGCAAUCAACGGAAUGGUAUAUGUUCGUGGAAAUAAACAGAACUUCGAUGACUGGGCUUGGAAUGGAGCUUUUGGUUGGAGCUAUAGAGAAGUACUUCCAUACUUCAAGAAGAUGGAGGACAACAAAAACACAGAAUUUCUUAAAAAUGGUACGACGCUUGGCAUUGUGACUUGUUUACUUUCUACCUAUGCGAGAAUGGGCAAAUUACGUGUACAAGGAUUUCAUGGAACGGGAGGACCAUUGACCGUUGAAACACCUCAGUACCAUUCGAAAGUUUCAAUUGCGGCAAAAGAAGCGGCAUUAAGCUUGGGAUAUGAAUUCGUUGACAUCAAUGGGCCGAAACAAACUGGUUUUUAUGAGUAUCAGUCAACCAUAAGAGAAGGACAAAGAUGCAGUACUGCAAAAGCAUAUUUAGUGCCAGCGGAAAACAGAGCAAAUCUGGAUAUAAUUACUAACGCCAUGGCAACAAAGAUAGUGAUUGAACAAAAACGAGCUGUAAGCGUAUUGUUUGAAAUUGAGGGAUGUCGUCACGAAGUAAGAGCCAGGAAAGAAAUUAUAUUGUCUGCUGGUGCUUUGAAAACACCCCAAUUGCUGAUGCUGUCAGGAAUUGGACCGAUGGCGGAACUAAAGAAGUUCAAUAUUCCUGUGGUUGCAGAUUUACCAGUUGGUUUGAAUUUGCAAAGUCAUGUCAUUACUUUUAUGGGGUAUGAGGUUGACGAAUCUAUCAAGAAUUUUGAAGAAGAAAUUAAGGAAGAAAAGAAUAUUUUAGAUUAUAUAUAUAAUCGAACCGGACCAUUGACAUUACCCGAAGGAUUCUAUUUGUUGGCCUUUUUAAACACACGUAAAACUAGCCCAGCUUUCGAUCAACCACAAGUAACUUUAUACAUCGCAGACUUUUUCACAGCAGUUCCCGUAGACGAUCUCGAUUUUAGUCAGGAGGUUGUAAAGAAUUACUUUGACCCCUAUCGGAAGAAGAACACCGUAGCAUGUGUGGUAUCGAACCUAAACACUAAAAGCAUUGGGACAAUCACUCUGAAAUCAAAGGACCCACGCCAGGAGCCUCUCAUAGAUCCAAAUAUGCUCGCGAAUUUUCGUGACGUUCAAGAUCUAGUUGAAGGUAUGAAAUUAUGCAGAAAUCUUAUGUCAACACCGGCAAUGAGGAAUAUUGGUGCAAAGCCUUUUGAAAACUUAGUUCCUGGAUGCGAGGAAUACGAAGAUGAUGACGAACUAUACUUGAGGUGUUAUGUCAGAAACAUUGUCAUGGAAGGAGCGCACUUGGUUGGCACAGCGAAAAUGGGAAGCGAUCAAGAUCCAACAGCAGUUGUAGAUGCUGAAUUGAGAGUGAAAACGAUUGAAGGUCUGCGAGUUGUUGAUGCAUCAGUUAUGCCAAGUGUCCCGUGGGGAAACACUUACAUUCCAACAGUGAUGAUAGCGGAGAAAGCUUCAGACAUGAUCAAGCGUGAUCUUUCUACAAAAUAAAAAAUAACACGAAAAAAUAUUUCAUAAUAGCAGCAGCAUUUCGUCUGUUUGUUAUAAUAAUAGUACCCUAAUAUGUUAUAAUAUUUUUGCCCAAAUAAAUAAUAUUUAUGAUUAACAGCAUAGUUUGUAUAUUGAAUUGCAA